AUGGCUUGUGGAGGAGGCUGUUGCGGCUCGAAAGUCACUCCGGCAAGUGAGCGGAUUAAUGACAACGCGAGCGUGAGAUUGCCUUCGACAGAAAGUCUCGAACCUUCGACAGAAACUGGGGAACCUUCAACAAUACGUGAAGUUACAAAGCAAGAAGCUGUUAGCGGAAGCCCUUACAAAGCGUCUGCGUCGAAAGAUGACCUGAACAACUGUGCAGCUACCUGUUGUAGCACCACUCAAGAAUCUCUACCCGAACGCCCAAUCACCGCAAAAAACGAUCAAGAUUCAUGCUGCGCUCCGAACGCAGGCAAUAAAGCGAAAUCAGUGGGUUGUUGCUCAACACCACCGGCACGAGAAGAGAGUCCAGUCAGCAAGCCAUGCAACUCGAAAACACCAGAGAGGAAUAUUACAACUUCAUCAUGCUGCUCAUCGAAAACCGAUAAGAAGACAGCAGAUGCUUGCGCGACGGACAAGGCUUGUUGCACAACGACACCAGCUGUGGCCACUGCCACAACCAAAGCACAGACAUCAUACUGCCCAAGCAAUCCAACGUCUGCUCGCUGCGAGAAUACCGCAAAGCCGUUGGUAGAUGAGCCUGGAUCUACUGUGUCUGGAGCAGGCUGCCAAGCCAAUGCGAAGACCGACUGUUGUGACGAUACGGCUGGUAGCGUAUCAACUGAUUCUUGCGCUGAUGGCUGCUGUGGACCAAAGAAAGACGAUAGUACUAAGUGUACCGUGGAAGUCAAAAAGUGUCCCACUCAAAAAGGCAAAACCGACUGUUGUGCUCCCAAAUCAUCAUCUGGGUGCUGCAACCCCAAGUUAGGUCCGAUAAUUUCCACCACCGAGAUCGAAGUGUACGACCCGGUCGACCUUGAACGUGGUGUUACCGACCUACAACAUGUCAAUCUCAGUAUUUCUGGUAUGACCUGUACCGGCUGUGAGACCAAGCUUCAGCGUACGCUAGGGACUCUCCCAUACGUCAAGAAUCUAAAGACCAGUCUCGUUCUCGCACGCGUUGAGCUGGACAUCGUUGGAGCUGUUGCAACGCCGGAGGAUAUAGUGACCCACCUUCACCGCACGACGGAAUUCAAGUGCGAGGUCAUAUCGAAUCAGGGCUGUGGCCUUGACUUCAUCGUAGACGGCGAUGUGAAGAAGAAGAUCGACGAAGAAUGGCCAGAGGGUGUACUGGAAGUCAAGCUUCUAGGGAAGAACGGGCUGCGUGUCGAGUUCGAUGCGAAGAUAAUUGGGGCGAGGGACCUACUCAAUAGCGAAUGGGGCGCUCCAAUGCGUCUUGCACCGUUAAGUUUGGACGCAUCGCUGGACGCAGGCAGCAGACACGUUCGACACAUGAUGUACAUGACACUUCUCUCCGCUGUGCUCACAAUACCCGUCCUUGUCAUGUCAUGGGCACCUCUACCUGAACGCGAGAUUGCGUAUGGCUCGGCUUCACUUGCACUGGCGACCAUUGUCCAAUUUGUGGUAGCAGGGCCAUUCUACCCAAAAGCACUCAAGGCCUUGAUCUUCUCGAAGGUGAUUGAAAUGGACCUUCUCAUCGUAUUGAGUACAAGCGCUGCGUACAUCUUCUCAGUGGUAGCAUAUGGGUAUAUGAUAGCAGGUAAUCCACUCUCAACUGGCGAAUUCUUCGAGACGAGUACACUACUCGUCACCCUCAUCAUGGUUGGGAGAUGGGUCGCUUCUCUCGCCCGCCAAAAAGCUGCCGAAUCUAUCUCCAUUCGUUCAUUACAGACACCGACCGCCAUCCUUGUCAACGGAGAAGGGUCCAAGGAAGAGAUCGAUGCAAGACUGUUACAGUUUGGUGAUAUAUUCAGAGUUGCGCCUGACACUCGCAUCCCCACCGACGGCACAGUUGUAAAUGGCGUGUCGGAGGUAGACGAGUCGAUGCUAACGGGUGAAUCCAAGCCUGUUUACAAACAAACUGGAUCAUCUGUCAUUGCUGGCUCUAUCAAUGGAAGCGGAAUGCUCACUGUGCGACUGACUCGCUUGCCUGGUAACAAUACUAUCACGACCAUCGCAUGUAUGGUUGACGAAGCGAAACUUUCGAAGCCAAAGAUCCAAGAAAUUGCCGAUAAAGUUGCCAGCUACUUCGUCCCUGUUGUCGUCGCCCUAACGAUCAUCACAUUUGUCAUCUGGGUAGCUGUUGGCAUUGCCGUACGUCGUCAAUCUGGGUCCGAGGCAACGAUUGAAGCUAUCACAUAUGCCAUCACGGUAUUGAUAGUAUCUUGUCCAUGUGCAAUUGGCCUCGCUGUACCAAUGGUGAUUGUCAUUGCUUCGGGCGUAGCUGCUAAACGUGGCGUAGUCUUCAAGUCUUCAAACAGUAUCGAGGUGGCGUACAAGACUACUGACGUGGUAUUCGACAAGACAGGCACUUUGACAACUGGAGAGUUAGCUGUCACUCAUGAGGAGUACUUCGCAGAGGAUGCCAACUUAUCUAAAUCGAUAUUGCUGGGCUUGCUAGUCAAUAUCAAGCAUCCGGUAUCAGCCGCAGUGGCAGCGCAUCUAGAAUCCCAGGGCAUCUCACCUUCUACGAUCGUCGACACGAAGGUACUUCCCGGCAAAGGUGUACAAGGCGCCUUCAAUGGAGCAAAUAUUUGUGCCGGUAACUCGAGAUGGCUCGGUCUGUCCGACCACACUCAUGUCAAAGCUAUGCUCUCCAAAGGCCUCACAACGUUCUGCUUCACCAUCAACAACACCCUGAUUGCAACCUUCGGCCUUCAGGACUCAAUUCGUCCCGACGCCCUUUCCACAGUGUCCCAGCUCCAAGCCCGAGGCAUCACUACUCACCUUCUCUCCGGCGAUGAUGACGGCGCUGUGCAAGCCAUAGGCGCUGAACUCUCCAUCCCACUAGCCAACAUCCGCUCUCGCUGCUCCCCCUCUGAUAAGCAAAACUACAUCAAAAACCUCCUUUCCACGCCCUCCACAAAUUCCGCCAAGCCCCGCAGCCCCAUCGUCAUCUUCGUCGGCGAUGGCACAAACGACGCCCCCUCUCUUGCGCAAGCUACAAUCGGUGUCCAUAUUUCCACGGGCACUGACAUUGCGCAAUCCGCCGCUGACGUUGUUCUCGUGCGACCGCAUCUCAGCAACAUUCUCACUAUAAUCAAUGUUAGCAGGAAAGCGAUACAUCGAAUCGCGUUCAACUUUGGCUGGAGCUUCACGUAUAAUUUGUUUGCGGUCUUGUUGGGCGCGGGUGCGUUUGUGCGGGCGAGAAUUCCUCCCGAGUUUGCUGGGUUGGGUGAAUUGGUUAGUGUAUUGCCUGUUGUGGCUGCAGCGGUGGGAUUGAAAUGGGCGAAGAUUUAA